UCAGUACUUGUGGCCGAGGAGCUUGUCUUGACAUAUAUCCAGAAAGGCAGAAUUACUAAUGGAAAGCAACGUACAGGCUACAGAUGUGGAUAUGCCACCGUGGGACCCGAGGAGGAACCCGUCAGGAAAGAUCCUCUCACUAGACAGGCAAGGGGCGAGAAAAGUGCUUGAAAUCUACGUCAGGCGCUCGUUGAGCUGCUGCGAGAACUCCCCGGCUGCUAAGAAAAGAUUUCAGGAGAGAGCUGGAGGGCAAGGGAAAAAGGCAGCCAGGCUGCAAAGGUCAGAAAGUGACUUCUGCAAGUAUUCGUGUUCCAAAAUCAGCCCGAAGAAGGAGCAGGAGGAGGGACCCAAAACAUCAGAUCUGGAAGAGGCUCUGGAUAAAAAGAGCAAAGCAUCAGCUCUGGGGAACUCCACGAAAGAGGAGUCAGAGCAGAAGCGGAAAAGCGGCAAGAAUUCCUCCCAGGGGAAAACCCAACGUGCCUGGUUCAAAAGUUUCUUAAACUUCCUCUUCAAGAAGAGCACUGAUGACCAGAAGGAAAAUGCAGGGCACAAGGCAAAGGAAAAAGAUAUCAAAGCUCCUCACAGUAUCAAAACAGAAGUAGUUAAAAGACCUGGAACAGACGUGAACACAUCCCCGCCGCUGGGCAAACCUCUGAAAAAGAGACCCAGCCUCAGGAGGGUUUUCUCGUUUAAGAAGCACACUGCCGCGGAGGAGGAGCGGGGCGAGGCAGGAGCAGAAGCGAAAGCCAGGAGACCAAACUGCCUUCCGCUGAGGCACAUCCAGAGACCGGCCUCGCCAGUUAUAGACCAGCCUGACUGCUACUACGCACAAGUCUCUGAGGAGAUAGGACUGAUAGUCCAUGGCAGUGAAAGCCAGGGGAACAGCGAGCGCGGUUUCAAAGAGCUGCAGGGACCGACUAGCACGGAUGGAGUUGAGGAAGCCAUCACAAAAAUCGUUGCCCUCCUCCAGAGUGCAGGAGAUGAGCUGGAUAAGAAGGUGAAGGAAGAUGCAAGACUAUGGAUGUUUUUCGAAGAAAUGUCCUACAGCUCCUUCAAGAACUUGGCUGAUGCCUAUGUCAGCAAGGAAAUGACAGCCAGCAGGCCCAACAUUAACCCUGAAGAAAUCCAAUUUGCCUUUGCUGUGCACCUCACUGCCAGGGUAGCAGGCAUCUGCAACCAGGCAGUGAACAGGAUCAUGGGCUUUGGCACGCGAUACCUGGAAGAUUCGUUUGCACCGUUGUCCUACAGCAAAAUUCUUCAGGACAGAGGAAAGUUCAACACAGAGAAAUGCGAGAGCCCAGACUGAAAUCGGCUGCUUCGAAGUGUGCUUCCUCAACCACGGCUGGUGCUCAUCGUGUCUGUGAACCAAAGGAUGCAGAUUUACCAGUGUGGGGAGCAAUCCCUGUAGCUGAUCUGCAUCUGCUGUAAUUUGUGACCCGUGGAUUUAAAAUCAUCUAAGGAAAACAAUGGUAAUAGACACUGCAGCACGAAAUGCUUAAAAGCUGCCUAGCAGGGGCAAUGACAUAGUCUGUAAUUCAAACAUAUCCUAAAUUUCUAGGGUUGCCCUGUAUUUGCAUUUUAGCUCUCAUCUAAUGCAUGUGUUUUACCUGACAGUUUGUUUGUGUAUGUGUAUGUGUAUUUAUAUACCCGCAUAUAUGUGUAUGUGCAAUAUAAUUUAUAUAGCUUCUGCUGUCAAGCAAAGAUCCAGUUCAGAAAGUCCACAAAAAUGAUGCUUGUGCUGCACAGAUGUGCACACGCUCCCUUCUUGAAUAUGAUGCUGUAUUAAAAGUGCCAGUAAUCCAGUUGUCACGGUUUUCAUUUAUCAUCUAUAGGGGCCCCGGGGCGGGGGGGGGGGGGUUGGCAGCCAGGGCUCAGGACCAGCUUAGUGUCCUCCCACCUGGCCUGGAGGUCCCAUAGGGAGCAGCUGACCCCUGCUGCUCCCUGACAUCUUCGUUAAUUGUGUCAUUUGGAAAGGGAUGGCAGAUGUUAUAUUUCAUGGCUUUAGCUCUUCUCCUAGCUGCGGUGAUCAGGAUGAGAUCUUGGGGGAGGUGAAAUGCCUGUAUCUAUCGCUCUCAAGCUGCUUGUGUCCUUCCGGAGCAUCCAGAGCCGGCUGCUCUUGGAGAUAGGAUGCAGGACAAGACUGACCCAAGGCUCAUGCAGACCUGCCGUCCCCACGUUACUGGCUGUUUUGGUUUUCAGUGUUUUCCUUGAGUGGCAAUGCCUGUAUAUGAGUUUGCCUGAUGCAUAUCUGUCAAGAUGUGAUGCGGCCACGCUGGGAUGGCUGUGGCAGAUGGUGUAGCCUUCUCUAUAGUCACAAUAAAACCAUUUUCGGCAGGAUGAAGCACCUGAUUUCAAGCUAUUUUAAUCCUAUAGACAGCAAAGUCUCAGGGUUACCAAAUGUCACAUUUAGGAUGGCGUUGUGGAUUGCAUACAGGCAGGAUAGAUCACCAUGAUUUUGGGCUGGAACUACUCUGCCAAGAUAAGUUUCUGUGCCAAAAGAUCUGUUGUUGUUUACAGCUUCUUCUAGUGCAUUUCUCAAAUAUGACAGUUCUGAGUGCCAGCCAGUCUUGUCUAAAGGAAAUGAGAGAUGUGUAUGGACAUUGUACUUGGAAUAAAGUUUGCCUUGCUACA